AUGGACAGAAUGUUUACUAUGCUUAUGAUGGAGAAUACAUUACGAACGAAGGCAAGAAUGCAGUCAUUCAUGACGCGAUGCAGGAGUGGACCAUUGCCGGCACAGUACUAUUUCAUGAAAGAUGCACGCUAUGAGUCGAGCCGUUUAUACACCUUCGCCAAUAUGGCUCAUCAAGAAAUCUUCGAAUUAGGUUGCAACUAUGAGCAGUGCCGUGAUGAUUUUGGUGGUAUAGGCGAGGCUGUUUUUACGUGCGUCUACAACAAAAAAGCUCCUAAGAAGACAGAUUUGUACCAGAAGGGGGACAAAACCGGCUGUGCGAGCGGGGCUAAAGUGAAGGAUGUGUGCAAAAUGAAGGAUUCAAAAUGUGGAGGUCUACUCUGCGAAUUGCCACGCGAUCCUAAAGCGCCAUACUUGUUCUUUAUGGCUCAUCAAGAAAUCUUCGAAUUAGGUUGCAACUAUGAGCAGUGCCGUGAUGAUUUUGGUGGUAUAGGCGAGGCUGUUUUUACGUGCGUCUACAACAAAAAAGCUCCUAAGAAGACAGAUUUGUACCAGAAGGGGGACAAAACCGGCUGUGCGAGCGGGGCUAAAGUGAAGGAUGUGUGCAAAAUGAAGGAUUCAAAAUGUGGAGGUCUACUCUGCGAACUUGCCACGCGAUCCUAA